AGUGAGGUUAAGAGAAGUAGAAGGUUAGGUUAAUGUCAGUGAUAAGUGACGGUUCUUUUUGGAGGUUACAAGUUUAUUUACAACAAAGUUUUAUUUUAUAGUAGAUGAGAAAAAAUGCCAAAAAAAUUUGCCACAGAAAAUACAAAAGCUGUUGCAGCCCGCGAGCGUAAAAAAGCAGCAAAAGAUGCCGAAGUGGCGAAAAAACAACAACAAUUAGAAGAAGCCUAUUGGAAAGAUGAUGACAAAUUAAUAAAAAAGAAGCAACAGAGAAAGGAAGAACAAGACCGGAAACGAGAACAACAAUUAGCCAAAAAACAGGAAGCUAAGCAGCUCCUGGAACAGGAAAUGAGUUCUAUCAAAAAAACUGGGAAGCCUGCACCACCACCAAAGGUGACACGAUCCCAAAUCUCGGAUACUUUAGCGAAAAAAGAAACGGAAAAGAAGGAAAAAAUUGUUACACAUCUGGAUGAACCGUUAGAGGAAAAUAUCAACAGGCUGAAGAUUGAAGGAGAUGAGGCUAGGACUGUAGACGAGGCUAUUGGUAUAUUGAGCUCGAAACCUGAAGAUAUCGAUAAACACCCUGAACGUCGGAUGAAGUCUUUAUAUACCGCGUAUGAAACCAGACGCCUAGAAGAAUUGAAGGCUGAAAAUUCCACGCUUCGUUUGUCUCAAUUGAAGCAAAUGAUAUUCAAAGAAUGGCAAAAAUCGCCAGAGAAUCCACUAAAUAAACAAUAAUGUAGCAACAAAGUGAUUACUAUCGUGAAAAAGCCGAAAUAAUUUCUUACGCACUAACCUACUUAUAAUUGACGCUUACUUUAUUGUUUUACCGGUUUUAUUAGACAAAUUGUUAUUAAGUCACUGUAUUUUGUUGGUACCGUUAAUAGAUAAUUUAUGACUCAAA